AUGGAGAAAUCUCUUAGCCUGCAUGAGAAGCUGUACAGACAGGCUGAGGUACCUGUUGGCCUCCAGGAGAAGCUGUAUGGACAGGAGAAGCUGUAUGGACAGGUGGAGGAACCUGUUAGCUUACAGGAGAAGCUGUAUGGACAGGUCGAGGAACCUGUUAGCCUGCAGGAGAAGCUGUAUGGACAGACGAAGGAACCUAUUAGCCUGCGGGAGAAGCUGUAUGGACAGGAAGAGGAACCUGUUAGCCUGCAGGAGAAGCUGAACGGAGAGGUGGAGAAACCUAUUAGCCUACAGGAGAAGCUGUAUGGACAGGUUGAGGAACCCGUUAGCCUGCAGGAGAAGCUUUACGGACAGGUCGAGGAACCUGAGAAGCUGUAUGGACAGGUGGAGGAACCUGUUAGCUUGCAGGAGAAGCUGUAUGGACAGGUGGAGGAACCUGUUAGCCUGCAGGAGAAGCUGUAUGGACAGGUGGAGAAACCUGUUAUCCUGCAGGCGAAGCUGUUUUGA